AUCUGGAAAUCUCACUUUCUCUGUACUUUCGUAUUUUUAAUUUUAUUUUCCCAUUUUUUUCUUCGGUUGAACAAAAUAUACGCUUGUUUGGGCGGCACGGAUAUCCACCCUAUAAAUACUCACUCUCUGCAGAUAGAAAAAUCUACUCCUUCCAAAUUUAUUCAUUUCCUCAACACAGAGGAAAACUUGGGCCGAAGAAAAGGAGUGUCGGUGUUCGGUUAUCACUUAUCGUACUCUCCGAUUUGCAAAUUUGAAGCGAUUGUGACUGGGAUUUCCGAUUCGAUUAGUUUAUUGGAGAUCGGGAUCCAUCUACUUCCCCCACUUGUUGCUACGGAUCGGGGCGUCGAUAGUUUGGCUUCUUUUGAUCAGAAUAUGAGCUUUUCUGAGCAAAACAAACCUAGGGAAAGCAGCAGUCAACGACCUAGAAAUAACAACAAUUUGCGGGAUAACCGUCGUGAGUGGGUCCCCCGUGGCUCUGUCCCUGUCGUUUCCACGCCAGUUGCCACGCCAGUUGCCACGCCAGUUCCAUCACCUAGUGUUGAUAGUUCCAGUCAGAAUGCGAAUGGAAAUGUUGGAGAGUCAGUCAGUAGGUCAGUUGGGCCAGUUCCUCAUAGGAAUAAGACCCAUGUUGGAUCAAGAGAAAACCCACCUCGGUAUGUCAGUCAGAGAGAGACCCAUGUUGGAUCAAGAGGAAACCCACCUCGGUAUGUCAGUCAGAGAGAGAACCAUGUUGGUUCUAGAGGAAACCCACCUCGGCAUGUCAAUCAUAGAGAGAAGGAGAAGGAGAAGGGGAAGUAUAAUCACAACGAGGAUACUAAGGUUUUCAAGGGUGUGAACAUACCCCAGCUUGUGCAGGAAAUUCAGGAAAAGCUUUUGAAGGGAUCUGUUGAGUGCAUGAUUUGUUAUGACAUGGUGAGAAGAUCUGCACCCAUUUGGUCCUGUUCUAGCUGUUAUUCAAUUUUCCACCUAAAUUGCAUAAAGAAAUGGGCUAGAGCUCCCACUUCUAUUGAUUUGUUGGCUGAGAAGAACCAGGGUUUUAAUUGGCGUUGCCCUGGAUGCCAGCAUGUGCAGCUUACGUCAGCUAAGGAGAUUCAAUAUGUCUGCUUCUGUGGGAAGCGACCUGACCCUCCUUCAGAUUUAUAUUUGACUCCGCAUUCUUGUGGGGAGUCAUGUGGAAAACCAUUGGAAAGGGAAGUUCCUGGUGGAGGUAUGACUAAUGAGGAUAUCUGUCCUCAUUCUUGUGUUUUGCAAUGCCAUCCGGGUCCUUGUCCCCCUUGCAAGGCCUUUGCUCCUCCACGAAGGUGCCCUUGUGGGAAGAAAGUUAUUGCCACGAGAUGCUCGGAUCGGAAAUCUGUUCUGACCUGUGGGCAGACUUGUGAUCAGCUUCUUGACUGUGGGCGCCAUAGUUGUCGAAAUGUUUGCCAUGUGGGUCCUUGUGAUCCUUGCCAGGUCCUGGUUAAUGCUUCUUGUUUCUGCAAGAAAAAGACUGAGAGUGUUCUUUGUGGAGAUAUGAUUGUGAAGGGAGAAAUCAAGGGGGAAGAUGGUGUAUUCUCGUGCAAUUUGACUUGCGAGAAUCAACUUAACUGCAGCAAUCAUGUUUGCCAUGAAACUUGCCAUCCAGGCCCAUGCGGGGAAUGCGAGUUGCUGCCAAGCAAGAUUAAGACAUGCUGCUGUGGUAAGACGAGGUUAAAUGAUGACAGACAGAGCUGUUUGGAUCCGAUUCCAACGUGUUCGGAGGUCUGCAGCAAGAUCCUCCCUUGUGGAUCGCAUUCGUGCAAGGACAUGUGCCAUUCUGGGGUUUGUCCCCCAUGUCGUGUUCUUGUUACCCAAAAGUGUUGUUGUGGGUCAACCUCUCGAACUGUGGAGUGCUACAGAACUACCAGAGAGGAUGAGAAAUUCACUUGUAAUAAACCUUGUGGCCGGAAGAAAAGCUGUGGAAGGCAUAGGUGUAGUGACCGGUGCUGCCCUCUUUCCGAUUCUGCCACUUCUUCCUUGGUUGAUUGGGACCCGCAUCAGUGCUCAAUGCCAUGCGAGAAGAAGCUACGGUGUGGGCAGCAUUCUUGCAUAUCCCUAUGUCACAGUGGUCACUGCCCUCCCUGUCCCGAGACGAUUUUCACCGACUUAUCGUGUGCCUGUGGUAGAACUUCUAUCCCUCCUCCGCUACCUUGCGGUACACUUCCACCUUCGUGCCAGUACCCUUGCUCAGUCCCUCAGCCAUGCGGUCAUCCAUCUUCACACAGCUGUCACCUCGGGGAUUGCCCACCGUGCACUGUUCCUAUUGCCAAGGAGUGUGUUGGUGGACAUGUAGUCCUCCGGAACAUACCUUGUGGAUCGAAGGAUAUUAGAUGUAAUAAACUAUGUGGAAAGACGAGGCGGUGUGGCUUGCACGCAUGCUCUAGAAUUUGUCAUCCAUCGCCAUGUGAUUCAUCAUCUUCUGCAGCAUCGAGCACCAGUUCGAGGGCAUCUUGUGGGCAGACAUGUGGGGCUCCAAGAAGAGAGUGCAGGCAUACAUGCACUUCCCUCUGCCACCCUUCCACUAUGUGCCCCGAUGUGAGAUGUGAGUUUUCCGUCACAAUUACUUGUUCGUGUGGCAGAAUAACUGCAACAGUUCCUUGUGAUGCUGGAGGUAGCACUGGUGGGUAUAAUGUCGAUACGGUUUUAGAAGCUUCUGUAGUCCAGAAGUUGCCUGUAUCUCUACAACCCACUGAAGAAAAUGGCCAGAAAACUCCACUUGGUCAGAGGAAGCUCAUGUGUGACGACGAAUGCACAAAGGUGGAGCGGAAGAAGGUUCUUGCUGAUGCUUUUGGUGUAAAUCCACCGAACUUGGACGCACUUCAUUUUGGCGAAAAUGCAUCGGUUUCCGAAGUACUUUCAGACCUCCUCAGGCGGGACCCGAAAUGGGUAAUAUCUGUUGAAGAGAGAUGCAGAUAUCUUGUUCUUGGCAGGGGCAGAGGGGGGUUGACUGCUCUCAAACUCCACGUCUUCUGUGUGAUGACGAAAGAGAAGAGAGAUGCAGUUAGGCUGAUAGCAGAGAGAUGGAAGCUUUCCAUCAAUGCUGCUGGCUGGGAGCCAAAGAGGUUCCUUAUUGUGCAUGUCACGCCAAAGUCCAAGGCGCCAGCUCGUGUCCUCGGUCUCAAAACUUGCACUCCAAGUAACAUGCUACAGCCCCCGAUUUUCGAUUCCCUUGUUGACAUGGACCCUCGUCUUGUUGUUGCUUUAUUCGAUCUGCCUAGAGAUGCGGAUGUGAGUGCUUUGGUUCUGAGGUUUGGUGGUGAAUGUGAACUGGUUUGGUUGAACGAUAAGAAUGCGCUCGCGGUUUUUAGUGAUCCUGCUCGUGCGGCUACUGCUAUGAGGAGAUUGGAUCAGGGUUCUGUGUAUUACGGUGCUGUUGUGGCUCCUCAAAGCGGUGGUGGUGCUUCUUCCGGUGCAGUUUUAGGGAGUGGUGGCGGUGCGUGGGGAUCCGGUGCACCUUCAAAAGAUGCUGCGGUUUCUUCUGGAGUGGCGUUGAAGGGGAACCCGUGGAAGAAGGUGGUGUUGAAGGAUUCUUCUGAUUGGUCGGAGAGUUCGUGGGGUGGUGCUGAAGAAUGGGCUACAGCUGCUAAUGUGUCUGAUUCCAAAUCAUUACCUAACUUGAAAGCAAAGGAAGGGCCGAUUGCUUCUUCUUCUUCUUCAAGCAACAGGUGGAAUGUUCUUCAAUCAGGAAGUAGCUCUACUUCGGCUGAAGCUUCUUCUGUGAAAGUUGAGAAUGUUCCGGAAAGUUCUUCUUUGUCGGGUUCUAAGAUGGAGGAACGUGUUUCGAAUAUGCCAGGUCAGCAGGGAGGUGAUGUGGUGGAUGAUUGGGAGAAAGAAUGUGAUUGAGGAGGAAGUAUACAUACUAAUAAUAGCCAGAUAUAUUUUCUUACUUGUUGUUUUUUGUUUUGUGCUGUACAAGCUGCUGCUUCUUUCAUGCAGGCUUUUUUUGCAUUACAUCUGCAGGAAUAUUUAUAGGGAGUUUUGCAGCUGCUUCUUUUAUUUUAUUUUAUUUUCUUGAAAAAUAUUAGUGAAGGGGAAUUGUUGUAAGUUUUCUCCUUUUGUUCUUGUACUUGUGACUGUGCUUCUAACGAGUUUUAAAAUCACCGUGUCAUACCCGAUUUCCUUUUCGUUGA